UCAUAUUCACUAAUACAUAAUUGCAUGACAAUGACUUGAAAUAAAUAUAUUAUGGCUUCUAAGCUUUGGCUUUGUACUUGGACAUUUCCCAGCUCAAAUGAAUUGAGCCUCGAAAGGUGCUUCAGACUCUCACAAGUCAAGGGCCUGUUGGAUCUAACAGAUGGAUAUAACUCUGUUCACUCCUAAAGAAGCACACUUUUUGAACUCCAGCAAGCAGAUCAUCAAUGGUCUGGCAGAAGCAGCCAUAGACAUGCAAAUCAGCAAUCAGCAGCAGCCCCAGAACAGCCACACAUCGACCAGCCGUUCGUCGGACUCCGGCGAGCCCUGUCCAUCAGAUAAAUGGGCCUCAAGGCUUCUUAUGGAGUGCGCGAGGGCAAUAUCGGAGAAGGAUUCUAGUAAAAUCCAUCACCUACUUUGGAUGUUGAACGAGCUUGCUUCCCCUUAUGGAGAUUGUGAUCAGAAAAUAGCAUUUUAUUUCUUGCAGGCUCUUUUCUGCAAGGCCACUGAUUCCGGCCUCAGAUGCUACAAAACCCUAACCUCGGUAGCUGAGAAGAGCCACUCCUUUGAUUCAGCUAGGAAGUUAAUAUUGAAGUUCCAGGAAUUAAGCCCAUGGACAACUUUCGGUCAUGUAGCUUCAAAUGGUGCUAUUUUGGAAGCCUUGGAGGGGGAGACGAAACUUCAUAUAAUUGACGUAAGCAACACCCUUUGCACCCAGUGGCCUACUUUGCUAGAAGCUUUAGCAACAAGAAAUGAUGAGACUCCGCGGUUAAAGCUCACCGUCGUGGUAACAGCUAGCAUCGUCAAUUUGGUCAUGAAGGAAAUCAGCCAAAGAAUGGAGAAGUUUGCUAGGUUAAUGGGAGUUCCCUUUGAGUUUAAUGUGAUAAGUGGGUUAAAUCAUCUUGGAGAGCUUACUAAAGAAGGGCUAGGAGUUCAAGAGGAUGAGGCUAUUGUAGUGAAUUGUAUUGGGUCGUUGAGAAGAGUGGAAGUGGAGGAAAGGGAGGCCGUGAUUCGGAUGUUCCAAUCCCUGAGGCCAAAAGUUGUGACGGUUGUUGAAGAAGAGGCUGAUUUCUCAACCUCGAGGAACGACUUUGUCAAGUGCUUUGAAGAGUGCCUUAGAUUUUACACCUUGUACUUUGAGAUGCUUGAGGAGAGCUUUGUCCCAACUAGUAAUGAGAAGUUGAUGCUAGAAAGGGAGUGCCUAAGAAGCAUAGUUAGGGUUCUGUCUUGUGAUGAAGAGAAUGAUCGGGAAUGUGAGAGAAGGGAGAAAGGGAGCCAAUGGUCUGAGAGACUCAAAGAGGCCUUUUUGCCGGUCGGUUUUAGUGAUGAUGUUGUGGACGAUGUCAAGGCAUUGCUAAAGAGGUACAGAACUGGUUGGUCACUUGCCCUUCCACAAGGAGAAGUGGCGCAUGACUCAGGAAUUUACUUAACAUGGAAGGAGGAACCGGCAGUAUGGGCUUCAGCAUGGAAGCCCUAGUUAAUCAAAUUAUAUUUCCAAAAAAGUACUACACCAUCAAUUGCUAGCUUACACAUAUCCAAUCGAGUCAAUCCUAGAAUGGAAUUUAUUCAAACUGGCCAAGAACAUGCACCAACUUCUCCCUGAUCUAUAUCCCACCGAUAUUCGUGCAUAUAUAGCCUGUUUUCUAUCCUAUGUCCGCCUCUUGUUUUGCUUUGUGCUUGGGAGUUUGUGUUAUUAUUGAUUAUUAAUAUUUAGUUUUUAUUAUUGUUAUCUUUUUUGCUUUUAAUGCAUUCUUGUUGUUUGAAGGUGUUUGAAGUUGUGCUUCUAUUAAUAAAUUUUGUAGCAUUUGUAUUGUAUUGCCUUCCUUAUUUCGUGCUCUCCCAUCAUUCCUUUGUGGGAUUCUAUGUAAAGGGUUCAUCAAUAUUAGUGCAAAACCUCUUUUAUAUAUAUAAUAUAUAUAAUUAAUUAAUAAA